AUGUUUUCCAUAUGUAUGCUCAGGCUGCUUGGUGAGGUGGAGGACAACAUAGACAUUGGGCUCCGGCCUGCUGCAGGACUCCUCACCCCCCAGCUCUCUCUGAGGGACCUGGAGUCCAAUCACAGCCAGGAGGGGCAUAGCGUCGACCAGGGACAUAGCCAGCUAUUGACCACCUGUAUGCUGGCUGCCAUGGAGACCAGGUCCAGAUUCAGACAGGUGACAGAGGGCAUCAAUGCACUACCCUCCACCAACCAGGAGGUGGCAGACUGCAGUCGCACCCUGACAGUUCAGCAGCUCCACCAAGUAGUCAUAGGCCCGUCCUUAAUAGAUUUUGGUGAGGUGUGUGUGGCCUCAGUGUGUGUGAGGAACCUGGACCUGGUGAACAACCUGCAGGUGUAUGUGUGGGUGCAGCUGGAGUUAGACUGCUGUCCUGAGCUGCAGCGCUCCAGCCCCCUGUCCCACGUCCUGCCUCCCCUCUCCAGAGCCACCCUGCCCCUCGUCUUAGAGAGCACCAAGCUGGGAAAGUUCCACAAGUCAAUCUCCUACACGGUGAAUAGUCAUCACCGAAGCCAUGUCCUGGUUCAGUCCCAGCUGGUCCCUGUGGUCCUCCAGCUGUCCCAGAGCCAGGUGGUCCUGUCCCCUUCCCCAGCUACCUGGCCCAGUCGGGCUACAGGGGGACAGUUUGACCUGUGUGUUCACCAGGGAAACACCGCACAGCUACGAUGUCUGGCCAAGCUGUCUGAGAAACAUCUGGUGUUUGGAUCAGUACCUCUCAUCUUCCCCUCCGUCAGGACCGCAACGCUACACAACACAGGACACAACCAUGCCUACUUCCAGGUGUUGGACGUGUACCCCCUGCCUGGCAUGGUGGUGACCCCCACCGAGGGUGUGGUACCUGUGGGGGGGCAGGCAGAGGUCCAGGUGCACCUCAACCCCGGAGCUGUCAUGAAGUUUGACACCAGAGUGGAGAUAGCUCUAAGGAACAUGAAAUCUCUGGAGCUGAGAGUGGGCGGGUCUGUCGAGCCCCCCCUGGUGGACAUCAAUGUGAAAUCCUUCCUGUUCCACGGGGUGUAUUCUGGUUCCAGUCGUGGCGUUCCGUUCUCCCUGAGGAACCGAUCCUCUGCCCUGGCCCGGGUCCAGUUUGACCUGUCAGAACACACUGACUUCACCAUCCACUUCCCUCCACACUCUGCAGGUGGCAGCGUAUGA